AUGAGUUUUCUUAUGCUACCUUUGUACCAUAUAAUUGAAAAUUCGGAACAGGGCUCUAGUUCGGUUUCGGAAUCUAGUAUCAAUUCUGAUAAUUUGAAAAAGCCGUACCAACUUCUAGCCAAAAAUCAAUUUCCGAAAAAAUGUGCAGUUUGCAGAGGAUCUGCCAUUGGUUAUCAUUAUAGCGUAAGUAGGCUUAUUCAGGUUAAAUCAAAGAAUACUGUAUUCCAGGUUCCUUCCUGCAAUGGUUGCAAAACUUUCUUCCGAAGAACAAUUGUGAAUGGGAAGCGAUUUAUCUGCAUGAACUCGAAAAAUUGUUUGGAAAGCGCUGAAACUGAAGAAGACACAAAACAAAUGUGCAAGGCAUGCAGAUUUAAAAGAUGCAUUGAAGUUGGAAUGGAUCCAACAGCAAUCAGAGCAGCGGUGAAAACAGAAGAAGGAAGAUAUUUACUGGAUGAAAUAUCUAGACGACAGAGGAGUCGUAGUUCUGUGGUGAAGUCAAACGAAGACUUUCUAUCAAAAAUCAUAAAGCAGUUAACUUAUUUGGAAAAGAAGUCUGACGAACUGCACUUCACUGCUAUUCCGUUGGGAUAUGAAGAUUUACGAACGCUCUCCGAAAUUCUUCAAUUUGGACCAGAAUUUGACUCGUACAAAAUUCAAAAUCUCACACCUAUUAUAGACAAAAAGCCGCAAGUUAUAUGUAUGACAUACAUGCACAGUGCGCUUCUAGCAGCAGUGGAAUCUUCCAAAACUUUUGGAUUAUACUCCAAAGUCAGCCAUGAGACGAAAAUGAUUUUUGUGAAGCACGUGGCUUUAAUUGGCUCAAUUAUGAUGAGUGCCUCCUUCUCGAUGCAUCAAAAGAAGUCAGAUGAAUUGCUGUAUCCUGAUGGAAGUGUCUAUGGAAAAACUGUUGGAUGCAUGCCAUCAGAUUGGGUUGCAGAGUAUAAAAGACAAUUACAAAAAACGCUGAGAGCAUUUCUAAGAAAUAAUGUGGACCGUGUGGAAUAUAUGCUUUUGAAAGCUAUUCUGAUGAGAAACGCAGCUGUGGCAGGUCUUUCAUCCAAGGAUCGUGAAAUAAUUGAGGAAGAGAGGAAUGUUUAUGGUAAAGCACUUCUGGAAUAUAACAUUCUUCAAUAUGGGAUUCUCAAUGGUCCAGCUCGUUUUGGUGCAUUGAUUGCUAUCAAUCCAAUCAUCGAAGCGCAAUCGAAGAUACAAAAAGAUGUGUAUGUAAUGAUAAAAGCUUCAAGUGACAAGAGAAAUUGCUCUCAUCCACCCCAAUAUCUGUUCGAUGAAGUUAUGGAUUCUUAA